GAGUUUGGCAGCUAGGGAGCAGCUGCUGGUGUCAGCUGAUCGACUGCCAACACGCCAGUCUCCGCCUGUCUGUCGUGUGGGGAGGACGUUGCUCAGCUCUCUCAAGAUGGGUGUGAUGGGACUGUGGGGUGCGGUAGCGGCCGCAGAGGAGGUAGUUCAUCUAGACGACCUUAAUGGCUUGGUGCUGGCAUUAGAUGCAAUGACAUGGCUUGUUAAGAGCCGACUGAGGACUCUGUUUUACCGCCUCACCAACCUGAUUAGAGCCGGUGUUGUGCCUCUUGUGGUCCUGGAUGGCAAGGUGUCGGAGUGGAAGCUGCCCCUCAUGGGCAAGCGACGCUGGGCUGCCCUGCUCCACCAGAAAUGUAAUAUCAGUCUUGCCCGCAAGAAAGCCAUGUACAAAGCACCAACAGGCAGGAAAAAUGAUCGUGUACUCAUAGAGCUGUUGCAGAGUAUGGGAGUGCCAUUCAUGCAGAGCAACGGAGAGGCUGAGAAGCUGUGUGUGUGGCUGGAGCAACAAAAGCUUGUUGACGGCAUAAUAACUGAAGACAGUGAUGUGCUUCUGUAUGGUGCACAAACUGUGUAUAGAAAACUCUCGACAGCACCCGGCAGCAGUGGCUUAAGGUAUCGGAGUGAGAACGUGAGGGAAAAGUGCGGUCUGACGCAUCACUCUCUGAUUGGCUUGGGAGUGUUGGUUGGCUGUGAUUUACUGCCAUCUGGAGCUGCAGGAAUUGGACUCAAGAAGGCACUGAAACUUGUUCACGAUGCUGCUCUUGGUGAGGAGCGAGGUCUACGUGAGCUGCUUCACCAACACGUAGGGCAACACCAGAGAAAGGAAGUGAAUGUAGCAUUAACAGAGUUCCUCUCCAGCCCUGUGGUCACAGACUUUGUACAGACUGAACUCCAGCCACCAGACACACCCAUGUUUAUGACUCUCGGCACCAAGUGUUGGCACUUGUCAAAGGAGAAGAGUUUGUCAUUGAUUGCGCCUCUCUUAAUCAGAUGGUAUCUUGACAUUGGAGACAUACCUGGCACCGAUAUCACUUACUUGUCAUGCUAUGAGCCACACGACAAAGUGUUUGGGUCAACGACGUCGUCAGACGAGCUGCCGAUGUACUUAAAGAUAUCCUGGAGUGUCCGUUGGCAAGAUUUGGAGGUACGUGUUAAGACUGUGGAGGCCACGAAGGUGUUCCAGCAGGCCUACACAGUAAAGCCAAGACAGUAAUACUGUACUGGUAAUUCAUGUAUCUGCAGGAACGUUAUAAGUGAAGCUCAAACAGUAUUACUGCAAGAUGCAUUGAAACUCUUCGUAUCUCUCGCUAUUACCUUCACCUGAGAGAAAUUUCUCAUUGCAAAUAAUUGUUAAAGUAUUACACUAUUUUGUUAUUUUUUUUUUUAAAGUAUUAGUUAAGUUUGUAAACUUUUAAUAUAUAUAAGUACAGUACAGUACUAAUAAGAUUUGAUAAGUGAUGAUUUUAUAAGAUUUUUGUAAGUCCUGGCAAGGUUAAAUAGAGAUGGUAAAGCUAGUAUGUGUUUGUUUAAUGGGGAUGGUAGUGAUUGAUUAGUGAUUGUAGCAGUCGUUGAUGAGCACUGGCGGCAGCUGUUGACGGCUGGCGGCAGCUGUCGAUGACGGCUGGCAGCAGCUGUCGAUGACGGCUGGCAGCAGCUGUCGAUGACGGCUGGCAGCAGCUGUCGAUGACGGCUGGCAGCAGCUGUCGAUGACGACUGGCGGCAGUGGUUGAGUGUAGUUAUACACGAGGAGUUGAUUGAUAUGAGCCGAUAACAUAAAAUGGCAACAUCAGUAAGGUUUGAUAAGCACUCAACUUUCUUACAUUGUGCAAGUGAAGGAACACUUUUUGUUUCAAAUAAUAAUUAUAUAUUUUCAAUUAUAUUUUUUCUUCCGAGAGAUUUAUAUAUAUACAUGUACAUCAGUAAGGCUGUGAAAAAAGACAUUAUGAUAGUGUGGUGGUGGUACUACUUUGGAUUCAUUUAGUAAAGUUCUGUGGAAUAUAAUGUCUUGAAUAUUUGUCUUUGAGGCAAAGAAAUGGCAUAGCAGGUUUGAUUUCUUUAUUUAAAUUUAUGUGCAGGAUUGUACUUUAUUUUGUUAAAUAGAAUUAUAUGUUUUCAACUUGUUCUACCUCAUUUUGUAUGUUAUAUAAACGUAUGUGUGUGUGUGUGUAAAAUAGAUAUGUAAAGAUAUGUAAGCUAUACUCUUAUGGUUGGUAGAUGAACGUACAGUAUGUGCGUUUCCUAUCAUGACCUGUACACACAGUGUAUCCUGUCAUGGCUGGUACUGUGUAUCCUGUCAUGCCUGGUACUGUGUAUCCUGUCAUGGCUGGUAUUCAACACAGUGUGCGUGUGGGCCAUCAUGUCCAGUACUGUGUACCUGUGCCACAUGCAAGUUUCUGGCACUUUAAACUUUAUUUUUGUAAAGUUUUUUACCUUAAGUAUAAAUUGAUGUUAAUUUUUUAUAUUAAAUGUACUACUUAA